AUGUGCUCCUCAAAAAUCUUGGCAAUUUUCUUCUUGUUUUUCGCUUGCGUCAACGCUUUCAACUACGAUCGUUACUAUGGAUUUAUUGAGGCGCCGCAACGAAGAUUUUUUGAGGAAUCUGGUGAUAGGUACGGUGGAUUUUUUGGCGCGAAAAUUUGAAUCUAGGAAUCUAGGGGAGUACUGUACAUUUUUGCGAAAAAAAUUCAGAUGUAUAUUUUUUAGCAUAAAAGUUUUCUGAAAGUACUGUAGCCAAGUGUAUCCAAGCAACAAAAAUUCAAAUUCUAAAAAAAAAUAUUUCCAAUGUUCGGUAGAGCGAACUUGCACUUUUACAUUUUCAAAUUUCUUGCAGAGUUCCAUCAAAAGAUCGUCGUGCCCCGUUGGAAGGUUUCGAAGACAUGUCGGGAUUUUUGCGCCAAAUCGACGGCAUUCAAAAACCACGAUUCGGAAGAAAAUAA